AUGGUAGCGCCUUUUCAACCUAAUCAACCAGCAAAGACUAGUAGAGACGGGACAAUGAAACUAUCCCGAAGAUCUAAUCCACCCGGUCCUACCUCUGCAGCUGACCAGGACGAAUAUUUUGAGAGCUGUGCUAUACAAGAGUUCCUUGGACAUACCCAAACAGUUCGUACUGUCGCCUGGAAUAGUGAUGGGAGCAAACUUGCUAGUGGCUCCGUAGACAAGACAGUGAGAUUGUGGCAUCCUGACCUGCCUACGAAUCCAGAUAGAUUAACCGGCCAUACAGAUAGUGUCGAUCAGUUAUGCUGGAGCCCACAAUCAAACCAUUUACUUGCCACGGCUUCAGGUGACAAGACUGUAAGGUUCUGGGAUACACGAAGUAACCGAUGUGUCAAUGUAACGAACACUACCGGUGAAAAUAUAAAUAUCGCUUGGAGUGGGAAUGGUGAAACUGUCGCUGUUGGCGACAAGGUCAAUACACGUCAUAUAAAUGGUCGCCGUGAAUUCAAAGUAAAGAAAACUUAUAAAGAAUCCGCUGAAAAUCAUGAGGAGAUUAAUGAAAUCAGCUGGUCUAUGGAUUGCAAAAACUUUUUUAUUACUACUGGAUCUGGGGCUGUCAAAGUUUUUGAUUGGCCUUCGAUGGUUUUUCAUCAGGAAGCGAAAGCUCACACAGCGAAUUGUUAUUGUAUCGAUUUCGACCCGAAGGGAAGAUAUUGGGCAACUGGCGGUGCUGACGCGCUUGUAUGCCUUUUCGAUUAUGAAAUGAUUGGAAUCAGAUCUUAUGAUUCUUUACAUUUCCCUGUAAGAACCUUAAGUUUUACACAUGACGGAGCAUACUUGGCAUCUGCUUCUGAAGAUGAACAUAUAAUCAUUACAAAUGUUCUAACAGAGCAAAAAGAGAAUCAAGAAGCUUUCCGUAUUCCCACGAAAGCAGCCACAAACUCUGUCGCAUGGAACCCAAGAAAUUAUUUAUUGGCCUAUGCGGGGGACGAAGUAAAUCCGGAUAAAUCAUAUGUUGGUCUUAAAAUGACAUUAAAUGCACCACUUUCGCUCUCACUGACAGUUUCCUCGAACACUGUUCAAUUUCUUUCCCAGGAAACCACAACUCUAAUAGUAAAGAAUUUGCCAAAUUUCUCUGAACCCCAUUUAAGAGACUUUUUUCGUCAGUUCGGCGUUUGCAAUGUGAGAAUACUUAAUUCUCAAAAACUGAAAAAUGCGGCAUUUUUGGAUUUUAUGGAUCGAGUGUCUGCCAGUACAGCUUUUGCAAAGAUACAAGAGUUGGGUGAAAUUGGUGGAAAACGGAUCAGAGUAGAAUAUGCAUUGCCAAGUUCACCUCAUCCGCCUUUACCACCCAUUCCGCCACUUCCAUCAGAAGGUGGAGAACCGAUUUCCACGGCUUUAGGAAUAAAUUACCCAUCAAAUCCAAAUCUGCAUUAUCGAUAUCCACCUCCGACCCCCGAAAUUCUUUUCAAUAUCAUGAAUGCGAUUGCUGCUGUGCCAAAUUUGUAUACUCAAGUUUUACAUUUAAUGAAUAAAAUGAAUUUGCCACCACCUUUUACGGCUAUUAUGCCCGAGUCGAUAUCACCUUUGCUAAAAGAUCAGUUUCCUGAAUUGCAAGGAGACGAAAGUAAUAAGAAACGUAAAAAACGGGAUGAGUUACUUGCAAGCGAUGAAUCCGAAAUUGAGAGUGAAGAUGAAGAGGAGAAAAGAAUCAAGCGACAAGGAUCUAAUAAGAGACCUAAGACUAUAAUUGCACCUGUUAAAGAAUCGAGGACUAAUCCAUUAUACUCAGAUACGACUUCUUUUUCACAAUCUUUUCAACCGACGCCUGUUGUGACAUCUAUUAUACCACCGUUAUCACAUUCAAUUGUAUCACAAUCUAUGGAAUCUCUUAAUAUAGUUGCUCCAAUUUCUAACAAUUCUCAGCCAUAUCUAGCUGCACAGAAUAAUAAAUCUGCUGGAAUAUCAACAAAUAUUAUAGUGGAACCUCCAUCUCCACUACAAACAUCACAACCGCAACCACCUUCCCUUCCAGCACCAUUUGAUCAAACAAUAUCUACUUCAUAUGAUGAACGUAAUAAAGAAAUGUCGACAGAGACAGAUCUUGCAAUUGAAUGCAUUUCAAAUGAAGAAAUUAAUUCAAACAAAAUGCCGGAACAAGAACUGCAAAAUAUCACUGCAAUGAAAAAGUAUACGCGCGGUGAACCUUCAGCCACACUGUAUAUUAAAAAUUUAGCUCAGAAAAAAGUAGAAGCAUAUGACCUUAAACGAAUAUUUAGAAGAUAUUUUAAAUCACAACAAGAAAUGGAAAGCCAGUUGGAUAUCAAUUUACUAAAAGAAGGACGAAUGAGAGGACAAGCUUUCGUUAAAUUCCCGGAUGUGAAUUUGGCGACUAAAGCUCUUGAAGAAAUUCACGGCUACAUAUUAUAUGAUAAGCCAAUGAUCAUUCAAUUUGGACGAGGAUCUUGA